CUACAAGUGGCAAUCAUUUCUUAUAGUUAGGAAAUUUUAAGUGCCUCGUUCUUCAUCAUUAAAUUUAAAACUGGUUAAAUUAAUUAUUUUUGAUAAUGGAGAAAUUGCCAGCAGAUCUGUAUCUCAAGAUUUUCAAUUCGUUGGAUCAUCACAGUCUCGCCGUUGCUCUACAAGUGAGCAAGAAAUGGAAGGCGAUGGCGUCGGAGAAUGGUCUGUGGUGUAAUCUGUUCAGGGAAAGAUGGGGAGGAGAUAGAGCUGCAUUCUUUGCCCCUGAUGAUUCCAGAUCAUGGAAAGAUGUGUAUGAGGUUCAGGAUCGUUGUGACCGAAUUGGACUAGGGCUGAAGUUAAUUAGAGAAGGUUUGGACUACUAUAUUGUUCACAAAGGAGAAAUUCAACGUUAUUUGGGUUCGAAGAGAGAGUUGAAACGGGCAUUAAUGGAAGAGAGAACCACGAAAAAAGAGGAAGGUAUAUUGGAUAAAAUUCUCUUCAUUGUUGGGGAUAUGGAAGUUGCAGCAACGCAAAUUAAGCGUAUUCGAAAUUGAUUGAUAUUCAUUAUUGCUGUUGUUUGUUUGUUUGUAUAUUCAUGCAAAUUUGCCUUCAGCUCUGCUUUGUUUCUGUCUAUAGCCACAUUGAAGGUGAUGUAAUGUAUUAUUAAUGUAGAUCCAUUAGACUAUGAAUAAAAAAAUCAGAUUUGUUUUAGAAA